GGGGCUAAGGAAAGAUUGCCCUAUAGGACGGGGAAACCAGACGCGGCAGCGGAUGGGGGAUAGGGUUUCUCCUUGGGGGCGUGGCUUGUGGAUCCUAGCUUUCCCGCCGACGGUUGGCCACGUCACGUGACAUGGGUUGGAAGAUGGCGUCUCCCACAGACGGGACAGAUCUGGAAGCAUCUUUGCUAAGUUUUGAAAAGCUUGACCGUGCUUCACCAGACCUUUGGCCAGAACAAUUACCAGGUGUUGCUGAAUUUGCAGCUUCUUUCAAAAGCCCUAUUACUAGUUCUCCACCCAAAUGGAUGGCUGAAAUAGAACGUGAUGACAUCGACAUGUUGAAAGAACUGGGGAGCCUCACCACAGCUAAUUUGAUGGAGAAAGUACGAGGCCUUCAGAACCUGGCCUAUCAGUUGGGGCUGGAUGAGUAUUAUUCAUCUACUCUAGGGGUUGACAUUUACUUGACACCCUAAUCUGGUGUUUCGAUGUCUCAAUCCUCUUUCCUGCAUUAAUUGAGAGGAUGACAUGGAUGAAAAAUAAGCAAUAGGAACUGAUGAAUCCCCAAGGACCAGUGAUCCUGUUUUCAUGCAAAUACCUGCUCUGAUAAAGAUGAUGGGAAGAAAAAAAAUGCAAAAAAUAUUUGUCCUCACAAACAUGAUUGUUUGCCACUUCCCUAGAGCAUUGUUAAAUGUUAUUAUAGAAAUAAUGUGAACCUUCUAGGGUUGAUAUCAACUAGAUUGUGUCUUUUGGAAGCCGAACCCUGCCCGUUGAUUUGGUAUGUGAUUAUGUCUCAGAUAACCCUUGUGGUGUGCAGAUUUUGGAAUGCAGUGAUUUUUUGUAUAGGUAUUUAUAGCAUUUCAUGAUUGGGGCCCUUUUGCUUGAUUUGGGCAGUUAAUUUAUAUGAAAUUCCCAUGAAACAUAUAGAAAUAUAAAAAACUACUUAACCUUAUAAAGUCCAUUUCUGUUACUUCCACUUGAGUUCAGUGUCCUUCCUGUUUUACUGGAGCUAUUGUAGUCACAUUCUAACUGGUCUCCCUGCCUCUCAACUACUUCGUAUUAGUCCAUCUUGUUUACCACUUACCAGGCUAAUUUUUCUUAAGUACCAUUUGCUUCUGUUUGUCCUUUGCCCUUAAGUCAUUAGUAAUACUUCAUUAUUCAUACGCUAAAAUUCAGAUUCCUUAGUAUGGUAUUCAGAAUCCUCUGCACUUGGCCCUAGUGUAAUGUCUAGCCUUUUUACUUCUCCCCUACCCAAACACCAUGCAUUGUCCCCAUUUGAAAUAUACUUCCGGAACACUUCCCCAUCUUCUUAAAUUCUAUUCAUGCUAUUCCUUUUUCUCAGAAACCCCUCCCUGACCUAUUAGAACUUUUAUUUGUCCAUCAUUAUUUAGUCAGAAUCUACCUCUUUUAUCAAUGUUUCCUUUUUAUACCUGAUCUGAAAAGUGAACUCUACGUCCUGGCCUCCUAGAUUGCUCCUAGAGCAAUUUGAUUGUUUCAUUUGUAUGGCACUUUUACCCAUUCUGGGAGAUUUGGGGUAUAUGUUUUCUCUCUUGCAUUGAUUGUUAACUCUUUAAGAUAAGAAUCAUAUUUUUGAACUGUUUUUGUAGCCCACAUUUACCUGGCAUAUGGUAAAUGUGCAGUGUGUAUUUGCUGAUUGAAUGAGUGAUCAGCUGCUGAUGCCUUUAGAUGAAAUGACAGAUUAUUUUAAAUGAAAUCUGUGGACUUUAAACUGAAAAGGUAGAAGCUUCUGGAAAUUGUUCUUUUUCUAGGUAGUUUGUAUUUUAGUGAUGAGAAGUAACAUUUGAAGGUCUCAUAAUGUCUGGAAUUUUUCUCUUACAACAGUGGAUGAUCAACCACACAUAGUAAAGAUAAUGUGAAGAUUAUUGAUAAUAGUUUGGUUUUAUCAUUUACCUACCCUAUUCCAUCGCUACUAUGACCUGGGCAUGAUCUUGAUUUAGUCUUGUAAUUUGCAACAAUUCAUAGCUUGCUUUAUUCCUAAGACCCAUUGAACUAUUAUAAAUCCUACUGAGUACUGAUUCUCAACAAUAUUUAUGCUUUAAAAAAAAAUUCUCCCCCUGUCUCUGGAAGCUACAAACCUUUUAGUGGUCAUUCAGAUGCCUACUUACUGGCUAUAUUCAAAAUAUUUUUAAGUAGAAUGGAGAUUGGGAAAGCAGCAGGUCAUGCCGUUUGAAACCAAGGGUAGAGACUGGGGUUCUGAUGCAUUUCUUCUUUUUCCUUUUUUAUAACAGCUAUAUUGAGAUGUGAUUCAUGUACCCUAUAAUUCACUUAUUUAUAGGAUGCAAUUCAGUGAUUUCUAGUAUAUUCGGAGUUGUGCAACCAUCACAAUCAAUCUUAGAACAUUUUCAUUACCCUAAAAGAAACUCUGUACCCAUUACCAGUCACUCUGCAUGACUCCCCAAACUUCACAGGCCUAGGGCACCACAAAUAUGCUUUCUGUCUCUGAAUUUCUAGUCUGGGCAUUUCAUUAUAAACAGAAUCAUAUAAUAUGUGGUCUUUUGUGACUGGUUUCUUUCGUGUUUCCAGUGUUCAGUUAUUUUGUAGGAUGUAUCAAUACUUCAUUUCUUUUUAUGGUCUAAUAAUAUAUUUAUCCAUCAGUUAUCCACAUGAUAUUUAACCACUCAUUGAUGGACAAUUGGGAUUUACUUUAUUUGGCUAGUAUGAAUAAUACUACUCUAAACAUUCAUGUACAGUUUCUGUGUGGACAUAUGUGUUCAUUCUCUUGAGUUUAUAACUAGUAGUGUAAUUUCUAGGUCAUGUGGAAACUCUACAAUUAACCUUUUGAGGAAUUGUCAGACUAUUUUCCAUACUGGCUGCACCAUUUUACAUUCCCACCAGCAGUGUAUGAGGAGUCCAGUUUCUCUACAUCCUUGCUAAUUAUUUGUUUUUACAUAUACUAACAUUGGAAUGAUACAGUGAAGAUUAGCAUGGUCCCUGUGCAAGGAUGACAUGCAAAUUUGUGAAGAUUCCAUUAAGUUAACUAAAGAAUAAACUUGAAUAUAAAAGCUCAAAAAAAAAUUAUCACACGUAUACCUGGAACUAACACAGCAUUGUAAAUACUUCAAUUUUUUUUAAUGUACAGUAAAUAAAUAAAUAAAUAAUUAUAUAAUCCAUUCUAGUAGAUAUGAAGUGGAAUGGGUAUGUGGUUUGGACUUGCAUUUGCCUGAUAACUAAUGAUAUGAAACAUGUUUUCAUGUGCUUAUUGGCUAGUUGUAUAUCUUUUUUAGGGAACUAUAUUCAGAUCCCUUGCCCAUUAAAAAAUUGGCUUAUUUGUGUUUUUAUUAUUAAGUUGUAAGAGUUCUUUAUAUAUUCUACAAACAGGUCACUUAUUAGAUACAUGAUUUUCAUGAAGUUUUCUUGCAUUCUGUGUGUUGUCUUUUUACUUUCUUGAUGAUAUUCUUUGAGACACAAAAGUUUUUAAUUUUUACGCAGUCCAAUUUAUCAGUUGUUUCUUUUGUUGCUUGUAUUUUGAUGUCAUACCAUAGAAACCAUUGCCUAAUCCAAGGUCCUGAAGAUUUAUGCCUAUGUUUUCUUCUUAGAGUUUUAUAGUUUAGCUCUUAUAGUUAGGUAUUUGAUACAUUUUAAAUUAAUUUUUGUGUAUGGUGUGAAGUAGGGAUCCAUAUUCAUUCUUUUGUAUAUAGAUAGCCAGUUGUUUCAGUACCAUUUGUGGAAAAGGCUUUUCCCAUUGAACUGUCAGCAUAUUUGUCAAAAAUCAUUUGAUCAUAAUGGGGGUGGGUAUAGCUCAGUCAUAUAGCACAUGCUUAGUGUGCAUGAGGUCCUGGGUUCAGUCCCCAGUACCUCCAUUAAAAAGAAUCAAUUGAUCAUAAACAUGAGGGUUUAUUUCUGGACUCUUGGUUCUAUUCCACUGACCUGUAUUUCUAUGCUCUUACCUCACUGUCUUGAUGACUGUAGCUUUGUAGUAAGUUUUGAGAUUGGGAUGUAUGAGUUUUUCAACUUUGUUCUUUUUAAAGUGUUUUUGGUUAUUCUGGUUCCUAUGAAUUUCCAUAGGAAUUUUAACUUGUCAAUUGUUGCAAAGAAGUCACCUGGGAUUUUAGUAGGGAUUGCAUUAAAUCUGUAGAUCAGUUUGGGGAAUAUUGCCAUUUAAAUAAAAUUAAAAUGAUUCAUGAA